ACCCAGGGUUACUGGAGCCCAUUACACCUAACAGACGUGCAGCACAAAACUCAGACUCCCUCAGAUGUUUUUUCAUGUUGGGGCUAGCAUGGCCUAAAUUGAAUGUUGAUCCUGCCUUCCUUUCUGUGUCCCCUAGUCUAUACAUCCACCACUCUCUAGUCCCGUGGGGCAACCAAUAUCUCUUUGUCUCUGAGUCACCCCCAGGGGCUGCUCUAGCCUAUGGCUCUCCUUCCUGGGGAGCAAGSUUCUCUCAGCUUGUGGCUUCAAUUGUCUCAAGCCACUCUGGCUUCCUCCCUGCAGGACGGUCAGAUAAGUUAGUAGAAAUCUUCCAGCAGACUCCCCUGAGCAUGUUUCUUGCCAAGCUCCCCGGAGAGCAGCAGCAGGAGCUGGUUCAGUGCUACUUGAGGGACUUCUUGCUCUUCACCAUGAGAGUGUCCACCUGGGAGGAGCUGAAGUUUCUGCAGAUGGCGCUGUGGUGCUGUGUCUGUGAGCUGCGAGCAGCUUCAGGGAGGCCCGAGGAAGGGCUCUCCCUGCCGUGGGUGCACCUGGCCUAUCAGCAUUUCAAGACCCGGCUGCACAACUUCUCCAGAAUCUUGACCAUCCACCCGCAGGUUCUGCAGAGACUCACUGAAGCUGUACAGAAGCACGACAUGGCUGGCAGUGAGAUGACACUAGAUGUGUUGGCUGCAAUGGCCUGUGCUGAAAUGCUGAUAAGAGACACCCUGAAGCCGAGUCCCCAGGCCUGGCUGCAGCUGGUGAAGAAGCUGUCCAUACCGCUGGAGCUCGUCUGCUCGGAUGGGUACUUGCGAGGCAGUGGGAGCACAGCCAGAGCUGUCACUGUGGAGGUCAGAACCCAGUGGAGUCGUGUUUUCUCCAUUGCACUCUUUGUGGAACAUGUGCUCCUGGGGACCGAGAGCCAGAUUCCUGAGCUGGGCCAGCUGGUGACCAAGUUCGUCUUCUCACUAGACAAGUGUCUUCAAGAGAACUCUGACCUCAAGACCCACAGGCCCUUUGUGGCUGUGAUGACCAYUCUCUGUGAGUGCAAGGAGCAAGCCAGCAAGAGCCUGGCCAGGUUUGGAGUGCAGCCAUGCCUCAUCUGCCUGGGAGAUGCUCAGGAUCCUGUGUGUCUGCCCUGUGACCAUGUGUACUGCUUGCCUUGCAUCCAGAUCUGGCUCUCCAGGCACAUGACCUGCCCCUGCUGUUUAACUGUCCUGCCAGAGGAGUUCUCUUUGACAGUUUCCCAAAAGCACAGGGUGGCCAUUGGGAAACACGCCCAGUUCCGGCAGAUGUGCAACAGUUUCUUCAUGGACCUGGUUUCUACCAUGUGCUUCAAAGACAGUACCCCUCCUCAGAAGAGGGUGAUUGAUGAGCUGCUGUCUCUACUCUUUGUGCGGAAGGAGCUUUUGAGAGAUGCUCCCCAACGAUACCGGGAACACACCAAGUCUCUCUCGCCAUUUGAUGAUGCUGUGGAUAAGACUCCUGUCGUCCGCUCCGUGGUGCUGAAGCUGCUCCUGAAGUACAGCUUCCAAGCAGUGAAAGAUUACAUCCARGCCUAUUUGUCCCUGUUAGAGAAGAAAGCGUUCAUCACUGAAGAUAAGACCGAACUCUAUAUGCUCUUCAUCAACUGCCUAGAAGAUUCAAUUCAUGAGAAGACCAGUGCUUACUGCACAAGGAGUGGACUCGACUGCCUGAGGGAGGAAGGCCAUUUCCUACAGACCUGCUCCUCAGGGAGACAAAGCCAAGGACCUGCCACUGCUGCGUCUGUGGAGUACCUGCAGGAGGUGGCCAGGACUCGCCUGUGUCUUGACAGAGCUUCUGACCUCCUCCUGGAGUUUCAGGAUGGAUCAGAGCUGGCUGAGGAACAGCAGGGCUACCUGCGGCACGUCCAGCAGUUCUGCACCCAGGCAGGGAACGACUGGCACCGCGUGUACCUGGUCAGGAGGCUUGCGAGCCUGUGUGGGAUGGAAUUUGUGAAAAGCCUCUCCAGGGAGGGCCAUCAAUGCCAGUGGGUGUUUCCCAAGGGAGUCAUUGCACAGCAGAAAGACCACACGGGCCAGAUGGACCAAUACCUGGUGCAUGGGGASAAGUACAAGGCACUUCGUGACGCAGUGGGCAAAGCCAUGCUCGAGUGCAAGGCCUCCGGCCUCGAGGCUGCUCUGAUGGCCUGCAGGAGCCCUGGAGCUCAACAGGCCUUCUACCUGCUGCUGGCACUGUUCCGAGAAGUGGCUGCUCUCCACUGCUCCCACAACUCGAACCUCCACCCUAAGCCAGAGCAAUGCGAGGCUGUGAGCAGGUUCAUUGAGGACAGCAAGAUCCUGUCUCUUCCGGGGGUCAGGCCUUUCGCAGCAUCCCUCGUGGCCAACACUCUGCCCUUGCUGAGCGCAGGCCCUGGUGCUGACAGCCUUGAAGGAACAGUGACAGAAAUGGCCGUUCACACUGCGGCUGUCCUUCUGUGUGGACAGAGCAAAGUCUUGGUGCCCCUGAGGAAUUUGGCCUUCUCCCCAGCCAGCAUGGCGAAUGCUUUUCUUCCAACGAUGCCUGAAGACCUGCUGGCUCAAGCCCAGAAGUGGAAGGGUCUGGAAGGCAUCCACUGGUACACUUGUCCCAAAGGUCAUCCGUGUUCUGUAGGAGAGUGUGGCAAGCCGAUGGAGCAGAGCUUCUGUGUUGACUGUGGUGCUAAAAUAGGAGGUAUCAACCACAGACCUCAUGCUGGCUUCCAAAGUAUCAGAGACAGCACAGACAGAACCAAGACUGGCCAUGUGCUGGGCCACCCACAACCCAGAGAUGUCCUAGUAGUGUCUGACCGAGAGCUGUCCCCGGUGGUCUUCAUUCUCAUGCGCCUACUCACUCAUCUGGCUAUGCUUUUGGGAGCCACUCAAAAUCCUGAGGCUGUGAUAAACAUCAUCAAGCCUCCAGUGAGUGACCCUAAAGGAUUCCUGCAGCAGCACAUCCGGAGAGACUUGGAGCAGUUGACAAAGACGCUGGGGAAGAGUGCUGAUGAGACCACCCACGUGGUCCACCUCAUGCUGCGCUGCCUUCUCAAAGAGCAGCACCCACUCCCUGACUGGAGACAUUUAAAUUUUGAUGCAAAAUUGUCAAAAAAAGGACAUAGAAACAGUUGGGAAAAACAUGUCGAAGCUCUUCUUCUACCUGAACUGGAGCAUCUCGAUAAGACCCUSCUGACUGUGAGCACACUCAUCAGCCAGGAUGAGCGCAUCAGCUCUAGCCCUGUGGCCAAAAUCAUAUAUGGUGACCCAGCAAGCUUCUUGCUCCAGCUGUCCCAGAAAAGUGUGGCUCAUUGCUCAAAGAUUUGGAGCUGCAGGAAGAAGAUCACAGUGGAGUACCUCCAGCACGUUGUGGAGCAGAAGAACGGCAAGGAGAUGGUGCCCGUGCUCUGGCAGUUCCUGCAGAAGGAAGCAGAACUGAGACUGGUGAAAUUCUUACCUGAGAUUUUGGCCCUGCAAAGGGAUUUAGUAAAACAAUUCCAGAAUGUUCCAGAAGAUGAAUAUUCCUGUUCCAUCAGGAGUUUUAUUAGCAGUCACAGUUCAGAGGGCCUGAGGCAGCUAUUCCACAACAGGAUCACCACCUUCCUGUCCACGUGGAAUGCCCUGAGGCGGUCACUGGAGACCAAUGGUGAAAUCAAGUUACCUAAAGGCUACUACAACUCUGAGUUGGAUCUGGACACAGAUUUUAAGGUCAUCCUGCCCCGGCGUCAGGGCCUGGGGCUCUGCUCAACUGCAUUAGUCAGCUACUUGAUUAAUCUACAUAAUGAAAUCAUCUACACGAUGGAGAAGUUCUCCAAGGAAAACAACAGCUAUUCCGUGGAUGCCUCAGAGGUCACUGACCUGCAUGUUGUCAGUUACGAAGUGGAGCGGGACCUGAUGCCUCUGAUUCUCUCCAACUGCCAGUAUCAAGUGGAGCAAGGUGGGGAGACCUCGCAGGAAUUUGACCUGGAGAAGAUCCAGCGGCAGAUCAGCAGCCACUUCCUCCAGGGCAAGCCCCGGCUGACCCUCAAGGGGAUACCCACGCUGGUAUACAGACAUGACUGGAACUUCGAACAUCUCUUUGUGGACAUCAAGAACAAAAUGGCACAGAGCCCCCUCCCCAACUCAGCCAUGGGUGCCAUCAGUGGAGAGCUUCGGUCCUACAGCGAUGCCUGUGAAGCACUGUCUAUCAUAGAGGUCACUCUGGGCUUUCUAGGCACAGCUGGUGGGGAUCCAAAUAUGCAUCUGAAUGUGUAUGUCCAAGACAUCCUGCGAAUGAGCGACCAAACAACUCCGGUUUUAAAGGUAGGUCUUGUGUGCUUUUCAAGGAGAAUCAGCAUCACCUGGUCUUAGUUUCCUGCCAGAAUGCCACCACGCAGGAGCCUGGUGCAGGCAUCUGUGGAAAGGGGUGGUCAGGAACCCCACCCCUCACCAGUCCACAGAAUUUCAGUGCACACUGGGGACAGGAGAGGCAGGGACGCUCAGUGCUGACCACCUAGUAGAGCAGGAUGCACAGGUGACUGAGGACAUUGACUACCUGCUCACUGCGUGAUACUCACAGUUAC